AUGCCUCGCGUGUCUCUCACUGCAUCUCGUGGCACCGGCGCACCUUCGUUUCAGGGCGUGGUGCUGGCGUGUGUCUAUGGCGUGCAAGCCAGCAACAACCCCGAUGCCUCACCCAUGGAGCGCGAGGCGCGCAACAUCAUGGUCGAAGCCUUUGCGCACCUGGUCUCCCAACCACCCCCCACGUCCGUCACAGACGUCGAUGGCGGAGCCUCUGGGACCGACGUGAUGGAUCACAUGUAUGCUGCCACUCUCGAGGCCAUCAUGCAGGUCCUAGAAAAGUUGGAUCUCUCUGCCUUCGUGCCUACCGAUGGCGACGCACGUUCUCAAAGUGCAACAGCCGCCCCAUCCUCCCAGGCCAUCACAAUGACCUCUGCAGCCACAGCCAGCUUGGACGAUUUGCGUGCCACUCGUGCCAAAGACUUUCAAGUGUGCUUCCCGCCCAGUCUGCCCGACAUCAUUUUACAGCAGCUGGUGGAGUUUACCACGGCCGUCCUACGUCAAAGUCGGCGCGCACCCUUUCGGAAUUGGUAUUUUCUCAUGGCACAGCGACUCGUGCGACGGGCUACUCAGCAUCCAUACGUAAGCGGUCUCUAUGCCCUCUUGACCACGGCCAACGAGCUAGCAGAGGAGCUGGGCCUGUUAAAUGAGCACCAAAAACUCGAAUCUUUCUUGGAGAACCACGUCACCUUGAUGGGGGCCUUCUGUGCCACCGUCAUGCGUCAGUGCAAGCAGUUCAAAGAUGAGCUGCUCACCACAUGCCUCCGUUUCUUGGUCACGUGCCCCACGGUCGUGGUCAAGUCGCGUACCGAGGUGUUCAUUGAAGCCCUUGAUACCAGCCUGAGACUUGGCAUCGGAUACCUGCCGCUGGCCGAGGCUGCUUUGGCCAGCCUACAGCGCUGGCUGGAUGUUCUGGGCCUCGCUGCCUUGCAGCCUCAUCUUGCCCCUCUGCUUCGGCGCUUCGAUCAAUACCUCACGGCGCAAGCGAGCGCGACCGACGACUUGAACGCCGAUGCUGUCAUAACAGACGGCCAAGCUAAGCGUACACAGGGCGGAGCCGCGCGUUCAAAGCCUGGUGCGGUGGAAGACGAUGGACUCGCUCCGCUUGAUCGUGUCAAGGGCACCAUCGUCACUCUCCUGGGCCAGUUUGGACUCGAUGUCAGCCACCACCUCGCGUUGAUCGGUUCCCCCGAAGACGCCGAGGCGGUCCCCACUUGGGUGGCUUGGUCCGCCUCGCAAACCUUGCCAUUGACGGUGCCCUUCCCUGACAUCAAGCCCAGUAUCAAGUUGGCUCCGCUUUUGCCCCGCAUUGUUGAUCUGGCCACAAAUGCAGGGGAUCGUCAAACUCGCACUGCCGCCUGUGAGCUACUGCACGCUAUUGUCCUCUACAUCCUUGGUCGCGAGGCUGUUUUGAUUGAGGACAACAAGGAUGUCAUGACCGACCUCUGGCGUCAUAUCUUCCCCGUCAUGAUCCAACUGAGUUGCGACCUGGACAGCGUGCCCCAGCAGCUCUUUGAACUUCUGACGCUGCAAGUUGUGCGCUGGUUUACGGACAGCCGCAUGUACGAGUACCCCAACACGGUGGCGCUGAUCACGGCCAUCUUGGACGCACUCUGUGAUGCAUCCAACACCAAUCUGCGCGAGUUUGCCGCCCGAUGCGUGGCGGAAUUCUUCACCUUUGCCUUGCGGCGCAAGGGCGCAGAGAACCCCGAGCGCAAGACCGCGCUAACCAGUCUGCUUCUACGAAUUCGUGCCAUGGCUGCACAUCCCUCCAUCUUCCAGCGCCUGGGUGCCGCACUCGCCAUGCGAACCAUUUAUCGCAAGCUGCGCGAGUCAGCCCCCCUUGUCUCCGUGUUUGGCUUGGACCUGACUGUAGCCUUUCUCACCGGUCUUCAGCACUGUGAGAAUGACCCCGAGGGCGCGGGCACAUCUGAGCGGCUCACCGAGGUCGUGAUGGACUGCAAGCGCAUGCUCAUCCACCACGCCGGAAUACUCAAUAAACCUGAACGACAUCGGCGUGGACCAGCUUCUUGGCCUCAGGCGGUGCUGUCCAAUCUCGUGGCGCACUGCUUUGGGGGCUUUGGCUGGACCUCGGCACCGGCCCGCCAUGCCGCCAUCGACCUCUUCAUGCACCUCGUGACCAAGAUCCCGGGCCCCGAUGGACACGGAGCCAUGCGCCCUCAGCAGUACCUCACGCGCCCAGUGGGCGGCUUCACGCCCGGUCUGAUUGAAAACCUGAAGCGAGGCCAAGUUGGAGAUGCCACCAUCGCGACUUCGCAUCUGGGAUCGAGCGCAGUCUUGCGCUCGCUACGCAGCCGUGACUACCAAGAAGCUGCCCAUUGGCUUCGCGCUCUGGCUGCCUGUCUCGAGGGGUAUCACCUGAUUAUUAAACACGGGCUGGUGUCCCCCGAAACCCUGGCAACGAUGAUGAGCUCGGAGCAGUGCACCAUUGUGCCAGCUCUGCACGAAUUUCAAGAGGCUUUGUUGGGUUCGGGCACCUGGCUUUACACGCAUUUGGAUGCUGCGCUUCGCGAUAUUGUAUGCGGCGUACUCGUUCGCAAUCUCCGCUUCAUUGAGGUGGUUCUGCGCAACCCCGCUUUGACGGCAGCCCUAAUCCCGCGCCAGUUCCUCAAUGCUCAAACAAUGAAGAUGAUUAGCACCUUACUCUUCAACCCAGCCCAUCUGGGCUUUAACGCCGCAUCGCAAUCCAUCAUGGCUCAGCUGCAGCAAGUGCUGGGUCAGACACUGGAUGCCGUGGCACACGCCUCGACCGACUCGGCUAUCCGGCAGGAACUGGAGCAGGAUUUGGCCACGUGGGACGAAAUCAAGACGUUGUUUCCACUCAAGCUGGCCCAGAACAUGGGCGCUGGCCACGAGCGAAGCCUUACCCUUUUGCCGUUGGCCCGCAGGCUGGCUACGGGCUAUCAGCUCCUGCAGGCCACCGGCUUGCUUAAAGGUCUGCUGCCAAAGCCCGCUGAUCAAGUUGCUAAGGAGCUGGUUCAAUCACUUUUCUUGCAGACACAAGGGCGCCUGCACCCCAGUAGCAAGGAGACUGGUUUGGUGCUGUUGGAACUGGCUUUCAGCCUUUAUCCUUGCACAGACGCGCUCCUCGCAUGCUUGCUGGAUGAAGAGACAGUGCUAUUGGCGACUCCCGUUAGCUUGUACGAUGCCCCGGCAUCAGCGACACAAGGUAUUCAGCAAUCCAAGGGACUGCGGUUCUACGAAACGUUUCGGACUUGCAUUGCGGGAUUUGUGGCGCGACACACCACCGUCUUGAUGCCGGAUCUCGCGCUCACAGCCGCGGCAGAUCUAGCACGUUAUCGACGCGAGGCGUUGGCCGCCUUUAUGCGUGCUUUUCCCACGCUUCAUGAAGCUCUGUCCGAUCAGCCGAGGCUGCUGGUGCGCUUGGUAGAGCAGGCAUCGCGGUGUGGACUGCCACUUGCCGAAGUUGUGGCCGGCUUGCACCCGACCGCCUUUCGCCAUGUGUGUGCCGAUCUGGAAUCCAAUUCAACCUUGGCCGAAAAAGCGGACUCGCGACAGCUGAUUGGCGUGCUGUGCUCCGUACCCGCCGUGCCUCUGGCGGGUACGGAGGACCUCAUGCCAAACGUGGCUGCCGAUAGCGUGCGAAAAAUGUGUGGACAGUUCCCCUUUCAAUCGAGCGAGUAUGGUCCCGGCACGACCAAGCGGCGCGAGUUGGUGGCAACCCUCAACGACGUCUUUCGUGGACUCGUCGUAUCGGGUGCCGAACCGCUCUUCAAGGUGGUGUUGGAGCUAUAUGUUAAGGAAGGAGAGGCGCAUGUGCAUCACGAAGGCUUUGUUCAGGCGUUUUCCAGCUUUGCAGCCCAAACUGGCCGAGCACCAGUGGUAGCAAGCGUUUUGCGCCUGACCUUCCGCGUUGCCGUGGACUUGACCAAGCCAGAGGCAGCGCGCAACGCCCUGGCACACCAUGUUUUGCCGGCGCUUCUUGAAGGAUGUGAUGCAGCAGUACGCCGUGACUUUUAUCGAGAGGAGAUUACGGCCAUCACCGCCAUGCUGUCCAGCAAGCACCACUCGGAUACGGCCGGGUGGAGCCGGGAGGUGGCAUGCCAGCUCCUUGCGCAGAUGUUUCGCUUACUCCCUGUACAUGAAGUAUACGGCACUCGUGCGGCCGUCAACCAGGCGUUUCACGACCAGGCCGGACUGACCGGUGCCGUGGCUGACAAUUGCCUGACCAAAGCUGUGGUGGACAGCUUGCGUGGGUUUUUGCAAGACAAAACCACGCAAAUUCCCGGCCUGACCAAUUUUCCGCAAACGCUCAAGCAAAAAGCCUUCAACACUCUGUUCCAUGUCCUUGAUUGCACGCAAACAGACCCCGCCAAGCGGCUCAAGUUUUUCACGACCCUUUGCUUCGAAUCCAAAAAAGGCCCGAGUCCCAUCGUUUGCGUUGCCCCCACCGCUGAUGAGACUUUUGAAUUUAAAGCUGAGCUCGAUCAAGCUCCCACUCUGCGACUUCGCCAGUUGACGGCACUUCGCUCCUCCGCACGGACACAACACGGCACGCGAUACCUAACAUCGCAGCUCCUAGCCGACAGCAGCCUGAGUCAGAGCAUGGCAUCCUGGGCCGAUCCCAACGGUGCAAGCAGUCUUGAGGCAGCACCUGUCCCAGGGGCCGAGGCGGCCGGUGCCGAAGUCGAGCCCCCUAAACCGACAGAAGCCAAGAAUUUGCCCGAACCCAUGGAUUUAGAGCUCGAUGACGAUGGCAUCGACGAGGACCGCCAAGCUGGCUCCACCCUCACCCUGUCGGGCACACAAUUGGAACUCGAUGCCCUGAACCGACACCCCAACAUGCUGACCAUGUUGGCGCUCGUGGAGCAAAUGCUGGUUUCCAUGAGUCGAGCGGCCGAUGAAUCGGGCAGCGCCGCUGCAUCAGCCUUGCGCUCGGCUGAAGAAGCCCCUGCCAUUCCCGCCGCCGAGACGCUCCCAGCUUGGAUGAGUGAGCUCCUGUCCAUUGUCAAUGCUGCCCAUGUGCACAUGAAUCAGAAACUGUUCAUUGCCAAGGUCAUCAUCAACCAGCCGCAACAUUUUCAGCCCUGGGCCAAGUGGUGGCUUGCCCCGCUGAUGCGAAUGGCUGUGGCCCUUGGCGAUCGCCAGGCUGAGCCCUUCAACUACUUUGUCACUGACCUAUGUGUUGUCCUUUUGCGCUGGAGUGAAACCGCCGUACCUGGAGCCUCUGAUGUGAUUGUGGUGCAACAGUUUAUUGAGUUCCUGGUUCGUCAUGCGCAGCAUGAGAGUGGACCAAUUUUCCGCAACAACCUUACCAUUAUCAAGACUUUUGUGGAGAAGUGGGGCGCACAAACACAUGCCGGCUUAACCAUGGAGGUGCUCUGUGAGUUUGCGGCGCAUUCUGGCAUCAGCACCAAGAGGUUGCGCAGCUCACUUCAUCUUUUUAGCGUGGCCUUGGCCAACGGCAUCUAUCCCACAGCUCAGAACCUUCCACCUGCAAUGCGAUUGGAUGGACUCUGCAACCAGCUGGCGGGCUACCUUACGCAUAAGAGCCUGACCAUGUGUCGCACAGCUGCCUCUGUCAUUGGCAUGUAUCUUCAAUGCGUAUAUGACGGGUCCGAGGACGGUGCCAGUGAUACAGCAGGCGUGGGCCAGAUGUUGACGCAGGCCACCCAGCGCUGCCUCAUGGACAUUAAGCGUGAUUCAGCAGAAGGACGGGAGAGAUUUGUCACGGCGCUGCACGCCAUCUGCAAUGCCACCUUGGGCUAUCCUGCCUUCGUUGAUGAGCUGGUGCAAACGCUGCUCUACGUCCUGCCCGCCUGUGCUGGAAACGCAAAAACACAAGCUCUGGAGGUGCUGAUGUGGCGAGCCACGGCUAUUCCAGACCUCUUUCGGGAGCUUUUGGGCAAGGACCUGCCCGGUCUUUUGCAACGUCACGCGCCGUCGACGCAGUGCGCUGUACUUACCAUUCUGAAAGCCAUCCUGCCUUCGCUCGAGCCCUCAGUGGUGCAGCGCUACUUUCCGGCUUUAAUAGCCCAUCUUCCGCAUCAUGAUGACGCACAAGUGCGACUCCUCCACUACCAGCUCCUCAUGGUCCUUUACGAUCUGACGCUCACCGCAGAGCUCAAGGUAGCCUUGGGUGAGAGCAAUACGGUGCAGCGAGAGACGCUUCGCUUGCUGGUCAUGGCUUUUUCAGACGAGAGUGCGAUUAUCCGCCGCUCGGCGGAGGAGUUCUUUGAUCAAGAGACCCGGCUGUCCAUUGCAACGGAUCUGCGUUUAUGUGAAGUUCUAGACAAGCUCUACGUCCCCGCAUCAGAGGGCAGUUUCUUGUCCACGUGCAGCUCUCUGCUGCUGCGUUUGACGGCUCGCAGCCCCGACUACGAACGCCAGCUGUUUGAGCAAGCCUUGAAGGAUUGCGAGCGCCACCCUUUGCGUGUGGACGUGACCUGGCAACGUCGAAAUCUUCAUCUGACGCCGCUUUUUUCGCAAAGCUCACUUGAUGCCUCCCUAGAGGCCACCCUGCGUCAGCGUGGCAUCCGUGCCACUCAGGCCUCGUACUACUCAUUCUCUCAAACACAGUCCUUUCGACCAGGAGCUGCCCCGGCUGAUUCGCUACGCUCCGCGCAGAAUACGCAGACGCAGUUUACCGAUUCGCAACGCGUCCUUCUGGUGACUCGCCGUCGACCACGUGCCGGCACAUUGGCUGGCACGCAAGUCGCGUUUUCUCAAAGCGAGCAGGACCACGAGCUGGCAGCCGCCAUGCAGGCUCGUGAAAAGGCCCUCGAGCGCCGGGAGAUUGGGCGGCUACGACGCCGCUUUCUGCAAACCAAGGAAGGCGCGCAAACAGCGUUUUGGGCUCGACAAGCCACGCGUCAGCGCCUGGAACGACAAGCGCGUGCCAAGGAACGGCGCCAAGCUCGCCAUGCCAAUGUGGUGCUCUACCGUGACUACAAGGAUGGCGAGCUGCCAGACAUUCAAAUCAAGCAGGCCGAGUUGAUCCGGCCUCUGGUGGCGCUGACCCAACGCGACACCACUUUUGCUCGCUCGGCACUGGUUGAGCUGGUGACUGGCCUCCUCAAUGCGUUUGCCAGCCAAGCUGCGGAGGCGGACAGCCGACAGCUCUUGCUAACAUGUGCUGACAAUUUUGCGCACUUGCUGCAAAAGAGCCGCCAAGGCAUCAGCCCUGUCAUUGCCAUGGCCACGGAAGUUCUGUACAGCCUGGACGACGACACGCUGCGCGAGCUCUUCUCGCGCUUUGGGGAUCUUCCCGCCAACCUAUGUCGCAUUGCCGUGGCCAGUGACACGAUGCCGUUGGCAGCUCUCUUGUUGGAGCGCCAUCUGAUGCUGACGGCACAGCACCCGAGUUCAGGGCCUGCCAGUAAGCGACGCAAGCAGCUGGGGGAUGCAGAUCCGUUCUUGGGGAAUUUUGACAGUUGGCUCGAGCUGGGCCGGUUGUACAAUACCCUGAGCGAGUUUGACACGCUGCACGGCAUUUUUAGUCGUCAUGGCAGCGGAACGACGCGGCAGGCGUUUGCUUGCCUUGCACACGACGACUAUCUCGGCGCCAUCAAGGCUGUUGAUGAGGCUGGGGACGCCGAGGUAGACUUGGCCGAGGAAGAGCUCUGGCAGCAGAUUCAGCUGAGCGAGUUGUUUGUGGACGAGAGCACGCCCGAUGAAGACGUUCUCGAAGCCGCAUCCCUUGAGCGAAUCUGGACUGAUCGACAAGCAACCGCUUUGGUCGAUGCCACCAUGACUAGCAAUUUGCGAGAUGGUCUCCAUCAUGUGCUAUCAUUCUUGAACACGCAAUUAUUUCCUCUGCGCCAGGAGACACCGAAAGAGGCUUCUGUGGCCUUUUACAAGUUGCGUGAAUUUGUAACAAGCAGUUCCCAGCAGCCCAUGCAGGCAGAGCUUUUGGCGCGCCGCCAUGCAUACGAACUGGCCGUGACAGAGCUCCUGCAUGACAAAAUUCUGCAAGAGAGCGAGCAGGCCGCUCACCAGGCCCGCGCUCGCCACCUGGUCAAUACCGGGGUCCAAGCAUUUGAGCAGAGCUGGCCCUUGCUCCCCGCUCUACAAACUGGCAUCCGCCUGACGCGCGUGGAGCAUGUUCAGCCUCUGAUCGAAUUGGACGAGUACCUCGACUUUAUGGGAACGGCACGUAACUUUGAGGGCAGUGCCGAGCCAAUGGAGCAGCUGGCCCGACGCUGGCGCACCAGGGACUUGACUCAGGAAAGCACGGGCUUUGAUGCCUUUGAAGGCGUUUUCCUCCUUCGAUCCCUUUUCUUAGGCCAAAUAGCGCUGGAAUAUUCACGGCGACACAGUGCUAUUCUUGGCGACCACAGGGCAGAAGACUUUGACUUGACAGAUUCCACGGACGCAGCGUCACAAGCCAAGCGCAUUUUUGUUCGUGAACAAGCUCAACACAAUUACCGCCUGGCUCUCAAGGCAGUCCAGAUCAAUAAUCCCAAGCAAUCGAGCCAAUACUUUCGCCUGGCGGAGGAUCUGGUUGGCUUGCCCGCUUUCUCACGCGAUGACAUGCGGGAUUUACUCUUGCUAAAGAGCCAAGCUCGAGCUGCUCACAACAACCUCUCUCUUCGCCUGCGUAUGGAUCGUGGUUCGAGUCCGCAUGCGCUGGUCCAAAGCAUUUUGCGAUGCCUUGACGCAUAUAGUGAUCAGAUGAGAUUUACGAGCGGCAAUUCUGAAGUCUUUUCAAGAACAAGUUUGAUCAUGGAUGGUGCCGGCACGCUUGUUGAUGUGGCCCGCGCCCUACACUUGCUGGAGCGACCCCAACCGGGUACCCCCGACCUCGAUGAGCAGCAAACGGCGAUGCUGCUCGAGGCUGCCCAUAACGCUGGCUUGAAGCUGCAUGCAGAUGCCGGGGCUUUGGCCGGGCAAAUGGCAGAACAAGCAUUGCGCACAGCGCACGAGGCCUGUCGUCAACUGGCCACGGAUGUUUUGCAUGGGGGUACCACAAUCCCCUUGGGCUAUUACCGCACCGAGUCCUCCACUCAGGCGGGGGCUUUUGCCUUUGUGUGCAGUGUGACGCUGCAGCGCCGCCGUCAGAUGCCCGACGCUUUGUGCCCAUUGGAUGUGGUGCCAGACAUGGCCGCGGUGCCCAUAGACAACGUCUAUCCUGAAAGGGCUGCACGGCACCAUGUGCGUUUCGCAGACUUUUGCUUCCAAGCUCUGGCUCAACUUGAAGCCCAACCCACCUCAGCCUCGGUCAUGCCCAGCCUCGCCGAGGAAGCUGCCCCUCCAACCUUGAGCGACCUGAUGCCUGCCGCCAGCAGCGACCUCUAUGGGCGAUCUCUUUUGCUGCAAUUGGCGGUAGAACACAGUUUUGCAGCAGCGCGAUCGGGUCUAGCCGAAGGCCGAGCCUUGCUGCCUCGUGUGUUGGCACUGCUAGAAGUGGAGGAAGAACGUCCACCGUGGCUCCCUCAGCUGAUCUGCGCUGCCGGCUGCGCUGCGCCGGCAUGGAUCUAUCUGCGCUGGCUUCCACAACUGCUAGCAUAUGGCGCCACAGACCAGAACGUGCUUGCUGUGAAGCAGAUCCUGGGUCUCGUGGCGAAAGCAUAUCCGCAAGCUGUAGCGUACCCGGCGAUUCUGCUCCAGGACCAAUUAGAGGAACGCAUUGUCUCGAACGAUGUGCACGGCUGCUUUGACUUCAUCAAGAAUCGUAUUUCAGGUCAAGAUGAGAAGAGUGCGCUUCUCAUUGAAAAGCGUUUACGCUUUGGUCACAAGGUGUUUGGCUCUCAAGCGAUGAAGCGUCGCGCGACAGACCCCAAGAUUAUUAGCACGCUUCACGCUAAGCUGGAGCAGUGGCUUAGCAAACCCGACAAGCUUAAAUCAAUGACCAUGCAGAAGUCCAUGGUGAAAGAGUUGGGCAAAUGCGCCGAAGGGUUGGCAGACGCUGCAAAAGAUUCGAGUACUCUGAGCACCUAUGCUCCCCAGCUAGCAGAAUCAAUGUUCACGGGCCAAAUGGCGCUCGAGGUUCCUGGCCAGUAUGGCGAGGAGGAUAGCAUGCCUGAUGUGCAAAGCCAUGUGAUGCUGUGCGGCUUUGACUCGCGAGUGCUGGUGCUCAAGUCAAUUCGUCGGCCCAAGCGUGUGACUAUGCUUGGAAGUGAUGAACGUGAAUACAAGUUUCUGGUCAAGGCCGGUGAAGAUUUGCGCACAGACGACCGGAUUGAACAGGUGUUCUCUGUGAUGAACCGAAUUUUGGCGCAUGACCGUGCGUGCCAGCAGCGGCGGCUCAACCUCAGAACAUAUGCGGUCAUACCCAUGACCACUCGCCUUGGCUUGCUGGAAUGGAUGGAUAACACAACCACGUUGCGUGAUUUUGUGAUGCAAAGCGAUGAAGAUGAGAAAGACAUCCAACGUGCCAAGGAGACCUAUUUGCUAUUUGCCAAUAAGUUUGCGGAUAAGCGUGCUCAUUCAAGCGUCGCCGACAACAUUACACGCGUUCUUGUCAAGGGCACGCGUUCGGAUGUCAAGUUGGCAUUUGAAAAGGCGCAGAGCAUGCAUUACGGCCGGACCUUGAGCACCAUCAACAUUUGCCAGUACAUACUGGGCAUUGGUGACCGCCACUUGAGCAACGUCAUGGUCGAUUUACGCACGGGUGGCCUCAUUGGCAUUGACUUUGGACACCACUUUGGGUCGGCCACUUAUUUGCUGCCGAUUCCUGAGCUGAUGCCAUUCCGUUUGACGCGAAUCAUGGAGCAGGCGUUGCAACCGCACACACGCAAUGGCUUGAUCAAACAUGUCAUGUGCCAUGUGCUCACGGCGCUCAAGGCUCGACGCUCCGACUUGUUGGCAGUGAUCCAGAUUUUUGCCACAGAACCGACGUUGGAUUGGCAACAAAAUGCCAAAAAGGUUAUCAAGCAGGAAGAGGGCGAGGAGCUCCAAGUCGAAAACUACGCGACGCGCAACCUCGAGCGCUUGCGCUUGAAAUUGUCGGGGUGCCAUCCAGCUGCCAUCAUGGCGGAGGAAGUGGCGGACAGUAGGCAUAUUGCCGCGUAUCGAAGCAAAGUCCAAGAGGUGGUGUGGGGCAGUCGUCGUGACCAGGAUCUGCGGGCCACGUUGCCAACGGAGGUUGCGCUAACUGUGGAGCAACAAGUAGAUGCCCUGUUGGAUCAAGCGACAGAUCCCAAUCUUUUGGGUCGGUCCUGGGUGGGAUGGGAUCCCUACUGCUGA